AUGGGUACAGACAGUUUCAGCUGGACGGUCGAAGGUGAUUCCUGCAGCACCUACUCUUCCUCUAAAACUUGGGAGGUCCUUAGACCAAGAGGAACAACACAAGCCAGCGCUAAGCACAUCUGGUUUAGUGGGGCAACUCCGAAGCAUGCUUUUCACAUGUGGGUUACUAAUUUAAAUCGGCUUCCAACGAGAGACAGGUUGUCUGCUUGGGGUAUGCAAGUCCCUCUCAGUUGCUGCAUCUGCUCUCUUCACCCAGAAUCUAGAGACCAUAUCAUGCUCUCUUGUCCUUAUUCUUUGACUUUGUGGUCUGAGGUUGCUCGCAGGCUCCGUUGCGUUGUGCCUAACUUCGGCGACUGGCUGCGCUUAUUCAUUGAGCUUACUCUUCUCUACACGGUCUGGCAGCAGCGCAACAAUAUGUUCUUUAACCAGACUUUGUCUCCCCCGCUUGUGGCGUUUAAAGACAUCAACAUGCAGGUUGUUAACUCCAUCACAGCAUUGCGGACUAGGAAGAACUUCAGAGCCCUCAUGCAGCUUUGGUUAAUCUGA